GGGGACGGAAUCCUGAUAGAGAUACUCCACGAGGGUGUCAAGGUCGCACGCACGUUGGAAUUCUCAGGGAACAGCCCGACAGACGUGAACCUGGUGCGCUGUUCGUUCACCGUCCACAAGUCUGGCACCUACAAGAUUUCAAUCAUGGUGGGCGGCCGGCACAUCCGCGACAGUCCCUUCAUCAAAUCUUUUGAUCCAGGACCAAUCGACCCCUCCAAGACUGGAUUCAUGCACUACACCUCCACAGUCGUCUUCCCUUCAGGCAGCAAGCACCCCCUGGUCAUAGAGACCAGGGACUCCUUCGGCAACCUGGCGCCGUACAGGGCGGACCACAAGGCAUUUUUCAAGAUCAAAGUCACUGCGGCUGGCACCAAAGAGCGCUACAACCCCACCACCCAGAUCAUCUACAACACCCAGGACAAGAAGCUGGUCAUGUACAUCAAGAUAGACCAGAAAGGCUGCUACCAGGCCGUGGUGUCUUACGGUGACGUCAAGCUCAAGAAUGGGGAGUUUGACAUCCUCGUCCUUGAAACUGGGGAGUACAACAAGGUGAUCAAGAACGUUUACAAACAGAAGAGCAGUGUGUGGCACAUGGCCAGGCUUUUGUCACUCAAUGGGGAAAAACUGGAGAAGCCAAAAAAAGUUUUUGUUUAUAUUUCACCUAAGCAAAUGACGAUCAAAGAAUUUUGUUUCAAGAUCUACAGGAGGAAGUUGUGUACAUUUCGUGUCUGCCCCUGGACAAAAUUUAUCUUUAACGGAGUGAGCAACCAGUUUGAUGCUCCAACGUUUGUUAUUGAAGACGGGAGCCAGCAGUCUGUUGAACUGGCAGCCCAGGAUAGAAAUAUUAUUGCGGCCACUUUUUCCAGUUUUCUUUUAAAAAGCAUUGGUGGAUCUGAAACUUUCAACGAUAAACGAGAUUUUUUCAACCGGGAGAUUCAAAGCUUUCACGACAGGCGAUCCCAUAAUACACUGCUGCUCAAAAUAGAGAGGUCAAGUCUGCUGUCUAGUUCAUAUAAAGUAACGAAGCCCCUGAGUGUCAACGACUGGUGCCGGAGGUUUGAGAUCUCCUUCAUAGGGGAGCAGGGUCUGGACUGGGGAGGGCUGAGCAGGGAGUGGUUUGAGCUGCUGGGGAAGGAACUGUUUGACCCCAACUGUUCCCAGCUGUUUACCAGGUUCACAGACAACCCACAGGGGCUGGUCCACCCCAACCCUAAAAGGCCGCCAGACAAGAAAGUGAAGCUGUACGAGUUUGCUGGCAAGAUUGUGGGCAAGUGUCUGAUUGAGUCCGCAGCCAAGCGGACACAGCUGGUCAAGGCCAAGUUUACCCGCUCCUUCCUGGCCCAGCUGAUUGGGCUACGGGUCACGUAUAAGCAUUUUGAAACAGACGACCCUGAAUUUUUCACCACCAAAAUUUCUUACAUUGAGAACAAUGACGUGGAUGACAUGGAGCUGACAUUUGCUGAGGAGGUUUAUGAUACGCAGGGUCAGUUGGUCAAGGUUGUUGACCUGAUACCCAAUGGUUCUAAAAUUGCGGUGACCAACAGCAACAAACUUCGCUACCUGGAUGCUCUGGCCCAGCACAGGCUAGUCACCCCUGUAAAAGACGAGGUGGAGAGUUUUAUGAAGGGUCUAAGCUCGGAGCUAAUCCCUGAAAAUUUGCUCAGUAUAUUUGAUGAGAAUGAGUUGGAGCUCUUAAUGUGUGGCACUGGAACUUACAGCAUUGCGGAUUUCAAACUCUAUCACAAUGUAGUGGGGGCUACAGCAUCUUUUAACAGGGUACUGGACUGGUUCUGGACCAUCAUCGCAAGUUUCACAGAGGAGCAAAUGGCCAGAUUGUUACAGUUUAUAACCGGGUCAUCGCAGCUCCCACCUGGGGGUUUCUCGGAGCUGGUCCCGAAGAUACAACUUUCAUCCGCACCAACUUACAACAGCUUGCCUUCUUCACACACAUGCUUUAAUCAACUGUGUCUCCCUGACUAUGACAACAUGGAGACCUUCCACCACAUGCUGCUCAUAGCCAUCAAUGAGGGAAACCAAGGUUUUGGACUGGUCUGAACUACCACUCACAUCAUGCACUUGCUUUAGAGGAAAACUUUUUUUAAGAUCAAUUCAGCCGCCUUGCUUGGGCAACAUGUAUUCUGCAAAUCAUCUGUUCAGAUCUGAUCUUGUGAUGUAUUUCUUAUUAGAAAUGAAGAACUGGUUGUGGCUGUAGGUUAAUAUUUACAGGGGCUGAGGGAAUAAGGUUGUUGAUUUGAGUUUACAAAGUCUGUUGUUGGAUGAUUGUAUCACAGUGCAGUGCCAACAAGGCUGCUGGUUUGAGUUUGCCAUUCACUUCUGCUCUGACUGUGCUGUUGAGUUGAUUUUCAAUAUCACAACGCAAUAUCAAGAUGGUUGUUGAUUUGAGUUUACCAUUUAUAAUUCUGCUGUGGUGUUAGUUCAUGAUAGUGCAAUAUAUCAACAUGGUUGUUGGUUUGACUUUAGCUUCCCAGUGAUAACCAACCCAGCAGUUUUGUGGUCAUUGAACACGUUUCCAAGAGCAAGCAGCGUACAUGUGGCUGCUGAUUUGAAUCUAGCUGAGCUGCUGUAAAUUAUAUGCUGGCAUUUUCAUGCAUUUUAUUUUUGUCUAUUUGUUGAUCACCGGCUCAAGAACUGUUUUUUCAUUUUGAUCCGGACAGCUUACAGCCAUUUAUAAAGUUAGCCCACUUGUGUCUACGCCAUCUGUCUCUAACAUGCUUAAAAUGUUGCCAUUUUAUUAGUUAAAAAACCAAGUUCAAUAUGUAGAACUUGAUUAGAUAAUUAAUUAUUACAUGCUAGUAAAGAACUUGCCAAUGAUUAAACAACUAAAAUUAAUUUUCUUUACUGAUCCCUAAAAACAGGAAAAGUACUUUCAUGUUUAACUAUUAUGUAACAAAGAAAUUAAAUUAAUGUGUUAUGCAGCUAUUAAACAGGGGAGGUAACACAUGUAUUGGGUUAUCCUAUGUUAAGAAAUUACAUCCCCUUUAUUCUUUUCUUCUGACUGUGAUAAAGAUUCAAACAGGUGAAUGUCUGCUUUGUUUACACACUUGUACAGCAUUAUAAUUUAUUGGUUACACUCCAUUUGUUUUCUAGGCCUGAGACAGCAUGGAAAAUGUGCUGGCAUAAUUGAAUUCAUUAGCUUUGAAUUCUGCUAAUUUGUUGGAUAUCUUUUUAAAACAGAAUUUUUUUUUAAACGGCUGUUUUAUACCAUCAGGGCUAGUGUACAUGCCUUUGUGUGUUAAGAUAGUGGUCUCUAUGAGUUAUGACCCCUGGUAGUCUCUUAUACUUUACUUUUUUUUUUUUAAUGAAACUAACAUCCCCAUUGCAGUUUAUUGAAGGUCAUGGUCAUUAUGAGUUAUGACCCUUGAAAUUAGCAGUAAAGGGCCUGAACUAACAAUAACAUGGCCAUACAUUAGUCUAAAAAAAAAUCUUGCUGUCAUUAAGGUUACCCAAAACCUUUUUUUUUUGUUUAUAUCAGCAAUCAAAAAAAUUUAAUUUUUGCUUAAAUAUUUUAUAACUGUAUUUUCAGUUCUUGUAAAAAAAAAAAAAAAUUAUUUAUUUGUGAUUUUUAUCCUCUUUAACACAUUUUAUGAUUAAAAAAAUGUUUUAAUAGCUAUCAUUCCAAAAAAAUUCCAUUGUUAAAGUCUAUUCAAACAAGCUUUGUUGUAUAGUUAUAACAGGUUUUAGUGUUAUAAUAGAUUGUUUCUAGGCUCUUAUUUAGUAUUAAAGAUAUUCUUGACUUAACCAUUCAUGUUAUUUAGUUUGAUUGUAAAUUUUUGUUAUAUAUAUUAAUUAUUAUAGAAUAUUUAUAUUAGGUCCUACACACAAAAUGAAUGGUUUAAGCCAUUUUUAAAUAGAUCUAGUCUAAAUCUUCUAUUUACUAUUUGAAAUUUUUAUCUCAUUGCUAUUAAAUUAAAUAUAUCUUUUUUUUUUUUAAAUUCUAAUUUUGUAAAUAACUAGCAUUGUGAAGCCAUUAAGCCAUCUAUUUAUACAUUUAUAUCUUUUUAUAAAAGAUUUUCUUAAUCAGUAUUUCAAUCUAACACUUUUUUUUUUCAAAGUUUGGAUCCACCUAAUUAAUUUAAACGAGAACUUUAUAUUCGACCAGAUAUGUACGUACUAUAACUGGGGUAUUCUGGUAUAGGCUGUUGUUGCUGGUAAUUUAUUGUAACAUUAGAGCAGGGGUCUCCAAACUGCGGGCCGGAUGCGGCACGCGAGGUCCUCUCACCCGGCCCGCGGAGAUUCUUUUCUCUUUUUUGUCGGCCCCCAGAAUGUUUAUCUCAGAUUUUUUUUCAUGGAGUGGGCACUUGAAAUUUUUAUAUAUUUCUAUAUAAAUUAUAUUUCUUGCGGGGGGGGGGGGGGUGGGGGGGGGCUUCACCACCCCAAAGAGAUGCCUAGAAGAAACUGGCCCCCUAAUUGAUAUUUGAUAGUCAAUGCACCCCUCGGGCUGAAAAGUUUGGAGACUCCUGCAUUAGAGGAUCAAUAAGACUACUGGUGAAAUUGUCAUGUAAGUCUAAGUAGAACACUUACUUUGACGUCGCAGUUUAAUUUUUAUUUCCUCUAUGCUCAACGGUCUUCUGGAAUUUUCCAAGGAUACCUCAGUGUUAAUUUUGAAUUAAUUUUUUUUUAAUUAAAACAAUUUUUAAAUUAUAUUGAGCCCUGCUAGACAACAUAUUUUGUCAGUGUUUGAAUUUUAGGUUUCUUCUUGUCAAUCCACGUCUUCAAAUACUGACCAUGCUUCUUGCCACUUUGAUGUAAAUCUGCAACAAAGGUAACUUUAAAGUUGUUCAGUUAAAAAUGCAUUUUACUCUCAAUUAUAUUUCAGGCUUCUUUUUUACAUUUUGUUAGGAGAGGCGAAAAACUUCUUUACUCUAUAAAGAUUUCUACUGUAACUACAUUUUUAACCGUGAAGGUUUAAUCUGAGCAAUAAUUAAUGAAAUUAGAUUCAGGUUACAAUAGACAUCAGUUAAAACAAAAAUUAUACUUUUGUUCUGUGUGCUGUAAUAUAUUUAAUUAGUCCAUUUUAAAAAUGUUGGGAAAACUAUUUGCAGCAAUAAAAGCAGCCGAACAAUACCUCAUUACUAGAUAUUCUGUUGAUAUUUUUACGUAAUGAUUCAUUUUUGUUUUUCUUCUACUUGAAAAACAAAAUUUUCACCUAGUUGAGUGCUACUUUUACAUAUAAUCAAAUACUUCAGUGUUGAAAUUACUCAAAGACUAGAACUCUUUUUUUUUUUAAAUUCUUUUUUUCCCGGUACUCUCAUUCAUUUUAUUUUAUUUUUGUUAAACAAAAGUUUAUAUUCAACAAUUUCUGUAUGUUAUUGUGAAUUGAGACAAAAAACAUGCACAUAUAAUAUUAUGUUGGCCUUGUUUGAGGGAUUUUUAUUUACAUUUUGAAAUUAUCGCAAAUUAUUUACUGCAGGCUUUGCUUCUUCUGGAAUCUUUGCUGAAGUUUCCAGAACCAUUAUGGGGUUAUCAGUGUUGCAGUUAAUUAUUUUCAUGUAUGCUGUUGCUGAAAUUAGUUCGUGAUUUUUUGCAUGCAAAAAAUAUAUAUUGCCAAGUUCAAAAAUAUAUUUUCUACACAAUAAUAUUUAAGUUUUUGUCAGUUAAAUUUUUUAUGUGUUGACUUUUUAAAAAUAAUUUAGUCAAAAAAGUAUUUGUUUGGUUUGUAAUUGAAAUUUGUUUUCUUAGACUUUGUUUUGUCAGUGUUGAAUUUUUUUUUAAUGCUCCAAGAAAAUAAAAUAUAAAUUGAUAUAAUACUACACACUGUGAAAUUUACUUUAAGAGGUAGGCUUUCUGUCAUUUUUUUUUUCAUUUUGUUGACAUUUUAUCCUUUUUAUAUAAUAACUAGCAACAAUUGACAUAGAAAACUGACAUCUUUCAACAGAAAUAAUUUAGUAUGACAUUAGUGACAUACUAAAUUGGACAAAGCAAACUCAGGUUUAAACAAUGAGAUUAAGAAAAAGAUUUGUUAAGUUUUUUUUUUAAAUAUUUUUUAAAACUUCAUUUUGUAAGGGAGAUUAUUCUAAAAUUUUAAAUGAAAGUUUAGAUUGAUAUUUGAUAAUAGUGUCUUUUCUUUUUCUUGGUUAUUGCCUGCAAGAGAGCAGAGUGGUUGUUGCUAUUUUUGCCUAUGCAAUUUCCCAUUUUAAAAGUAUCAAAAGAUUGACUGUUGUUUAAACUGUUUUCAGAUAAUCAAAACAUAAUUUAUUUGUUAAGUUUUUUCAUUCAAAUGACUAUGGUAGCACCCACUAUAAAACAUAGUUCAGUACUAAAUGAAAUGCUUAUACUCUAUACAUUUCAUCAAUUUGAUUCUUCCAUUCUUACACGCAAAUGGUUAUAGAAUAUAGAAAUAUGGCGUACUUUAAAAUAUUUGGCAUCCUAAUGGAAGUGUACAUUUUAUAUUUCUUUAAAUAUAUUAAAAAAUUGCCACAGUUUAACCCUCUAUAAACCAAGUUUACUGCAAGGCAGUUGCUUAGAUAUAAAAUAAAAUAAUAAUUGCAGAUAAUGUGUUAAAUCUUUUUUUAAAUUGUAGGCGGCAGUAAGUAGCAACAAAAAUAUAUAUUCACAUUUUUUUUUUUGCAUGCAUAAUUUAUAGUUCAGUAUGCCUUUGUGAGUUUCACUUAUUAAGAAGAAAGUUUAUUUUAAAUAUGUCAUGAGAUCUUCAGAUAUUUAAAUAUUAUGAAGAAUGUUUGUUCUAAAAAAAAACAUUCAGUCAACAAACAGAUUAGAUACCAAUAUGGAGGAUUGUUUACAUCAUAUAAAAAUUUAAUUUCUCUUUACUUUUAAGACGUCAAUAGGGUUAUUGAUACUAAUUACAUGAUUUAUAGGGUAAUGUUGGGCCAGAUAUCUCAAUAACGCCCCCACCCCCAUUUUAUAUCAUUAUCUUACCCCUUCAACAAACCCUUUCUUUAAACAAAUGUCAACUAAUUAAACAAAUGUCAACUAAUUAACUUUUGCUGCAAUGUUUUUUUUUUCUUCCUUCAUUAUGUCUUGUUAUUUAGAAUGAUAUUAAAUUGGUGAGCUGAACUUCAAAAUGUCAUCUUGUACUGUACAGUGGUAUAAAUAAAUGAGGUAUUUGACUUG